CAAGGCGCGCUUUAAUGUGGAGUCGCAGCCUUAUGGCGAGGCGAGGCAGUGAAGUCCAGCGCCUCGAUGGAGCCGUACACUUAAAAUGGGAUUUCACAGCGUGGUCGUGGGAGGAAAUGUGAACUUCCGCUCGCUCAUCUGACCUCGACCGGGGAAGACGGACUCCGGAUUGUCUCCAAAGGCUCUCUACAUCAUUUCCCUCUAACUGGACUGGAAUGCAAAGAUGCCAAUCAUGGAGAAACAGACGGCCAGAGACAAAAAAAUCCAAAUGUUGCCGAAGGUCCCUGUGCCCCCCCUCAAACAGACCCUCGACACUUACUUAAAGUGUGUUCAACACCUGGUGAAGGAGGAGCAGUUUAAGAAAACAAAAGCCGUCGUGGAGAAGUUUGGGGCUCCUGGAGGUGUUGGAGAGGUUCUCCAGAAGAAGCUUUUAGAGAGGAGGGACAAGACUACUAACUGGGUGUACGACUACUGGCUGGAGGACAUGUACUUGAACAACCGGUUGGCCCUACCGGUCAACUCCAGUCCUGUCAUGGUGUUUCCUAAGCAGAUGUUCAGAGACCAUAAAGACGCCCUCAGAUUUGCUGCCGGUCUCAUCGGCGGAGUGUUGGAGUAUGCUGCUCUCAUUGAUGCGCGAGCGCUGCCAGUGGAUUUUGCUCGAGGCCAGCUAGCUGGGACGCCUCUGUGCAUGGAGCAGUACUACCGCCUCUUCAAGUCCUAUCGCUACCCGGGGUUAAAGACGGACACGCUGGAGGUCCAGAUGGACGCGGCCUCCUCAGCGCCGCGGCACAUCGUUGUGGCGUGCAAGAACCAGUUUUUCGUGUUGGAUGUAGUCGCAAACAGCAAGCAGCUCACCGAGUCUGAGAUCUUAUCCCAACUGGAGGAAAUCAUGACAAUGGCAGAGAAGGCGGAUGAGAAGCUCCCUCCUUUUGGCAUCCUGACAUCUGAUGGGAGAACAGAAUGGGCACAAGCCAGAGAUGCACUCACCAAAGAUCAAACCAACAGGGACUCUCUGGCCCUGAUCGAGAGCUGUCUGUGUGUGGUGUGUCUGGACGAGCCCAGCGGGCUGGAGCCCAGGGACACCAACAGGGCCCUGAUGAUGCUGCACGGCGGCGGCCGCGAGAAGAACGGGGCGAACCGCUGGUAUGACAAGUCAAUGCAGUUUGUUGUAGGAAUGGACGGGAUAUGCGGAGUUGUGUGCGAGCAUUCGGCGUUUGAGGGAAUAGUCAUGGUGCAAUGCUCUGAAUACCUGGUGAAAUACAUAGCAGCGGGUGCCUCCAAGAUGGCGAGAUCGUCCAGCAUCAGAAAGCUCCCCGCUCCGAGAAGGCUGCCGUGGAAAUGCAACGCGCACAUCCAAGGACUCUUAACAGCUUCUGGAGACAGACUGCAGAGGGUGGUGGAUAAUCUUGACAUGGAUGUGUUCAAGUUCAAUGUUUAUGGGAAAGAAUUCAUAAAAAAACAGAAGAUGAGUCCAGAUGCAUUCAUACAAGUCGCCUUACAACUUGCCUUUUACAAAUGCAACAGAAGGCUUGUUACCACUUAUGAGAGUGCGUCCAUUCGCCGCUUCCAACAAGGUCGGGUUGACAACAUUCGCUCCGCCACCCCCGAGGCCCUGGCCUUUGUGAUGUCCAUGACAGACGAGAGGGCCAAUGUCUCCGACUCAGAAAAAAUCAGACGAUUGAUUGAUGCAAUUAAUGCCCAGACAAAUUAUACAAUUGCAGCUAUUACAGGAAUGGCAAUAGACAAUCAUCUCCUCGGGCUUCUGAGGAUCGCAAAGGAGCUCAACGUGGCGAAGCCGGAGAUCUUCUGCGAUGAGACAUAUUUGGCCAGUAACCAGUUUGUCCUUUCAACCAGUCAGGUCCCAACCACGGUGGAAAUGUUCUGCUGCUACGGCCCCGUGGUGCCCAACGGCUACGGCGCCUGUUACAACCCGCAGUCGGACCACAUCAUCUUCUGUGUGUCGAGUUUCUGGGAGAACACGCAGACGAGCUCGGCCGUUUUUGUCAAAGCGCUCAACGAGAGCCUGGAGGAAAUCAGGGACGUGUGCAAUAGAAGCGGCGCCGCGGCCACCAAACGGGCCGAUGGCGGCCAGGGAGCCGACCUGCGGCCAUGAAUCAGGGAAGUAAGCCACGCUGGGAGAGGAGGCCCACUCGGGCUGCUCCACUCAACUCCACUCAGUAGUUUAGAUGCAUUUGUGUGUAUUUGUUGUCUGUGCAAUAGUGUUCCUUUAAUAGCAAAACCAAGCCUUAAAGUUCAUGCAUACUAUGUAAAUGUUAAAAUAUGUGAUGUGAAUGAAAAGUGGGUAUGAAUAGACGUCAUGGUGAUGACCUACGUGAUUUGACGCGGCAGACUGAGAUUAUCUGGUCUGCUGCAUUUAGGAAACUGAAGCCAUGGCCGCUUUGUAGCACUGACGAGGGGGGCAACUCCCCCCACCAGAGCCAAUUAGCUGGGCCGAUCCCAAAGUAUAUCUCACACACGUAGAGUAGUAAUGUAUUUGAGAAUAUUCUGUAUAGUACUAUAAGUAUAAAAAAAGAUAUAUAUUUAAGAUUGUACAACCAUGACUUCCUGUAAAUGCGAUUUCACUUUGUGUGCCAUCAGCUAAAAAACAAACAAACUGGAUCGGUUAUAUUAUAUCCUCCACUGGAUCCAUUUUAAUGUGCUAUUUAUUUAAUGUUUUUAGUCUAUGGAGACCACAAUGUUUCCAAAGAGCCUGUGUACAUGUGAAGUCUGAAGAGGCACUUUAAGAUAUUUAUAAAAAGUUGAUAUGAAUCAUGUGUGUACAGGGAAAACCGAUGUGGUUCCAGUGGUUCAUUUAAGGUCAGCUAGAUGUACUCUAUGUUUGUGUGUGCGUGUUCCAUGUCUUGGCACUAGUUAAUUAAGUACAAUACUGUGCUACUUUGUAAUUAAAAUACAGUCCGGUGGAGAAUGAGGCAAACCACUGUAUUUAUGUGUAUUUCAGUGCUUUGUAAUGCACUCAGAGGUAGAAUAAGGGAUUUACUUUAGUGCAAUAAAACUAAAGCAAGUGCAGUGAGGGUACAUGUGCAAUUUACCAAAUCAACUCUUUAGACGCAUGGAGCUUGUGUAAUAUUAUAUAAACUAUAUUUGAUAAUCAGAAAUAUCAGACAUUAUAUUUAACGUUCAAAUUCAUUUACAGCAAUCUUCGUCGUACAUGCUGUUUGGUGGAAAAAUAUCAAUUCAAAAUGUACUUUUACCCAGAUUCUUCUACAAAUGUCUAUUGUAUUUGAUUCUGUGAUGCUUGAUCUAAACAAAAAAUGGAAUCAGUGAGCUGUAGUGUUGAAAAUGUGAAGAUAUUUGCCGUUCUGAAUCAAGGUGAACCUCAAUCAUCAGCCAAAGUGAAUGUGAACCAUGUAGAUGAUUUCAAAAUCAAUGUCACAAAAAGACUAUAAGCAAAACAAGUUGCAUGUUUAUUCUUUUAUACUAUCUGUAUUUUUUCAUGUUGAAAUUAAAAGAUUAUACAAUGAUAAAUAUAACUACAAGUGGGGUCAUUGUGGCGCAGGGGGUAGAGAGGGUGUGCUGGGAACUGCAAGGUUGGUGGUUCAAGUCCCAGCUGCCCCAUGUCUCAAGUCAAAGUGUCCCUGAGCAAGACACCCAACCCCUAAUUGCUCCUUGGGCAAAAUGUAAAAGCCAAGGGUUUAAAGUGUAAUGUAAGUCGCUUUGGAUAAAAGCGUCUGCUAAAUGACCUGUAAUGUACAAAUAGUAACAAAAAUGCCUUAAAAUAAAGUGAUGUAAAAUGUUUUCCUGCCAGAUGUAAUAUUAUCUAAAUGUUGAAUGUUUUACCUCUAAAGUAAAGUGGAUUUGUUUGUGAUCUAAUCAGUGUUACAUGGAAAUGAUGUAAUAUUUGUCACGUGUUGUUCAUUGGGUUUUCCCAUAGUAUAAAUGUUGCACUCAUCUAUCAUAUAUAUUUUUAAAUUAUAAUUAAUGUGUGACACAUCCUGAACACUGUGCUUCAUGAAGUGUUUUAACAUUCAAUGAAUGCUCAGUGAAAACUCAUGUUGAUCAAAGACAAACAAAACAAAAAGCUGAUUUAUUUUUGUAGGCUACAACCAUAUGUUACCAAUAGAAGACAUCGCUAAAUGAAACUGUAUUAAACUGUUAUGUAGCAAAAAGUGACUGUUCCAGAAAUAAAACAAACUCUAAACUA